CUAUCAACUCAAGGUAAAUACAACCAGACUGGUUCACGACUUAAGGUCACAGCUAAUACGACAGGACCCCAAUUCAGCGGAGAGGAAUCUGGCGCGAAACAAUCCAUGGAUGAAAAGGUCUCCAUGGGACAGGGCAGACCGUUGCCAGGCCCCCUUCCUGACCUGGAAGAUUAUGUUGUUGAUUUUGACGGAGAUGACGAUCCAUCGCAUCCUUACAACUGGCCAUUUACCGUCAAACUUUUCUCUGCUGUGCUGGUCUGUUCAGGGGCGUUGAUAACCUCGUUAGCCAGCGCCAUCUUCGCCCCAGGGUCCGAUAGCGCGAGCAAGGAAUUCGGCGUUGGAGCUGAAGUAGGAAAGUUAGGUACAACGCUCUAUGUUCUAGGAUUUGCUUCAGGGCCAGUGAUAUGGGCUCCAGCCUCUGAACUUUACGGAAGGAAAUUGCCUUUGUCUAUCGCUCUGCUCGCCGGUGGAAUAUUCACCAUCGGAUCUGCCGUUGCCAAGGAUAUCCAAACACUUCUCAUCUGUCGUUUCUUUGCGGGUAUGUGUGGUGCGAGCCAGCUUACCGUCGUCCCAGGAGUAUUGGCAGAUAUAUACGACAACACUCGACGAGGCAUUGCUAUCUCAAUUUAUGCUUUGACUGUAUUCGUCGGCCCGUUUAGUGCACCUUUUAUUGGUGGGUUUAUUGCGACGAGUUACUUGGGAUGGCGCUGGACUCUUUACAUUCCGGCUAUCGUCAGUCUUUUUACAGGCGCAGUGUCGGUUGUAUUUCUGCGUGAGACCUAUGCACCGGUACUUCUUAUGACUAAGGCUGCGAAAAUGCGGCGUCGAACGAAUAUCUGGGGAAUCCACGCGAGACAGGAAAGGAUGGAAGUGAAUUUUGCCGAAAUGUCCAAGAAAUACUUCACUCGCCCACUGACGAUGCUUUUGACUGAACCAAUUAUUCUACUCGUUUCGCUUUACAUGUCCUUUAUCUAUGGACUUGUUUACGCGUUGCUGGAGGCAUAUCCAUAUGUCUUUGAAAAUGUGUAUGGAAUGAAGCCCGGAAUCAGUGGAUUACCUUUCAUCGGCCUGAUUGUCGGAGUACUACUGGCACUGACGUUCAUAUUGCUGGAGCAUGGCAGCUAUGCAAAGAAGUUGAUAGCUAACAAAGGCGUACCUGUACCUGAAUGGCGUCUCGUCCCUCCGCUUAUUGGGGCACCCGUGUUUACAAUCGGAAUCUUCUGGUUCGGUUGGACCGGCUAUGAUCCACAGAUACACUGGGCAGUACCUACUGUCGCUGGGAUAUUUGUUGGGUUCGGCGUUCUUUGCGUGUUUCUUCCCUGUUUCAACUACUUGGUUGAUGCAUAUCUACCUCUCGCCGCGUCGACAGUCGCUGCCAAUAUUAUUCUCCGCUCUACUGUGGCGGCAGGUUUUCCACUUUUCACAACUCAGAUGUUUGAAAACAUGGGUGUUCAAUGGGCUUGUACAUUACUUGGCUGCCUGGCUGCCGCUAUGAUACCGAUACCACUGGUCUUCAGAGCUUAUGGUCCUUUACUGCGAAGCAAAAGUAAGCUUUUCAAAUGA